AUGCAGGCAAACGAGUUCGACUCAUCGGAUGAAGAACCCUCGGAGGAAGAACAGGUACCCUUUCAAGUAUCCUGGUUAGCCCUAUCAUCAACCUAUUCCCAAUUUCUGGGAAUUUGCUCACUACCAGGUUGCCGAUUCAAAAGUAUUAGAAGAAGCCUUCAGAAAGAUAUAGAUGAACUGAAGAGCUACGGGGUGCAGGAAGUCUUUGUCCUCUGUACCAGAGGAGAGCUUUCAAAAUACCGUGUCCCACACCUCCUAGAGGCAUAUCAGAGCCAAGGGAUUGCUGUGCACCACCACCCUAUACCUGAUGGAGACACUCCAGACAUAGCCAAAUGUUGCCUGAUUCUAAAGGACCUGAGGAGUUGCCUCGAAGGCGACCGGAAAACCUUAAUACACUGUUAUGGAGGGCUUGGAAGAUCCUGUCUCAUAGCAGCUUGCCUUCUGCUUCAGAUAUCUGACACAAUAGGCCCACAACAGGCCAUAGACAGCCUGCGAGACUUGAGAGGUUCAGGAGCUAUACAAACCAUAAAGCAAUACAACUACCUACAUGAUUUUCGAGAGACCCUGGCUGUCCAUCUAGCGACAGAAGGUGCAAUAGCAAGAUCAGUAUCACGAUAAACAGCGGCAGAGGAAUUGAGCUGCUUCUGGAUUGCCUUUGCUUUGGGCAUGCAGGUGAAAAUGCACCUGCCUCCAACGUCUCAUUGGAACUUAGUCAAGUUAUCCUGGCACUAUCUCCCUGGCAAGCUGUCUGAUGCAAAAUACAACAAAUGUAAGCUGUGAGGGUUCUCUGUGAGCAAGAGCAAUACUGUGAUGUUUUCACAGCAUAAAUUCAUGUUUUAAAGCGCACAUUUGUCGAUGGAUUCCUGAAACGUAACAUUCUCAAUAUGUGGUUGAAUUCACAAUAAA